UUGAGCGUGUCAGCAUGCUGGUGAUUCUGCUGAACUGCGUCACGCUCGGCAUGUUCCAGCCCUGCCAAGACCUGGAGUGCAACACUGACAGGUGCAGCAUCCUGCAGGCCUUUGAUGACUUCAUCUUUGCAUUCUUUGCUGUGGAGAUGGUGGUUAAAAUGGUGGCCUUGGGUAUAUUUGGUCCGAAAUGUUACCUAGGUGACACCUGGAACCGCCUUGACCUCUUUAUCGUCAUGGCUGGGAUGUUGGAGUAUUCUUUAGAUGGUCAUAACGUUAGUUUCUCAGCCAUCAGAACCGUGAGGGUUCUCAGACCAUUACGAGCCAUCAAUAGAGUUCCCAGUAUGCGAAUCCUGGUGACGCUGCUGUUGGAUACUUUACCAAUGCUCGGGAACGUGUUGCUUCUUUGUUUCUUUGUGUUUUUCAUCUUUGGGAUCGUUGGUGUGCAGCUGUGGGCGGGGCUGCUGCGCAACCGCUGCUUUUUUGACAACAACGUCAGAAUGCUGUAUAAUGUUUCAGAGUCUGUGAGUGAAUACUACCGACUGGACGAAGCAGAUGACAUCCCCUUCAUUUGCUCCACCACUCGUGAAAACGGAAUGCUGCACUGCUCCAGCAUCCCCAAACGCAGAGUUGGAGGGGCUGAUUGUGUACUCACGGCUGAUAAUGUCACAGAUCUUGUUUUCAAAGAUCCUCUUCAUCAUGGAUGUGUAAACUGGAACUUGUAUUACAACCACUGCAGUGCAAGCGAACACAAUCCGCAUAAUGGGGCUAUCAACUUCGACAACAUUGGAUAUGCUUGGAUUGCUAUCUUUCAGGUCAUCACUUUAGAGGGAUGGGUGGAUAUCAUGUACUAUGUCAUGGAUGCGCAUUCCUUUUACAACUUCAUCUAUUUCAUCUUUCUUAUCAUUGUAGGCUCCUUCUUCAUGAUCAACCUGUGCCUGGUCGUCAUAGCAACACAGUUCUCCGAGACCAAACAACGUGAGAACCAGCUGAUGCAGGAGCAGCGGGCACGUUUCCUUAGUAACGAAUCCACCUUAGCUAGCCUGACCGAACCAGGAUCCUGUUACGAAGAAAUGCUGAAAUACCUCGUCCACGUUUGUCGUAAACUUUGCCGUCAGGCCGCACGUCUCUAUGGUGAAUUAUGCCACAAGAGUCACAGUGGUGUGGCCAAUCCCAGCAGCUCCCUCUCAGUGGGUGGGACUAAAAGAUAUUGGAGUGACAAUGGGACAAAAAUGAGUCCGACCCAAUACUGUAUGCUGCAUUAUCAUCAUCCUCAUCGGCAUCAACAUUAUAUCAGUAAUGGCAUAGAAAUGAAAACUCUUCAACUCGACAGAGAUGCUCAGAGUUCCAAAAAGACUCCAUCGCUUCCACUUGCACUACAGAAUUUAAAGGGUUUGAGGCUCGCUAUGAACUAUCCCACCAUCCUGCCCUCUAAACUAUACACAAACUCACAUACUCGCUCACAUUUGACAGGUGGAGUCAAAGCACCGGCUUUCCGUCAUGGACUGAAUAGCAGGAAGAUUUCUGUUUGCAGUGGAUACCAAGAUACUUACAAGUUGCAGCACGGUGUGUAUUCGGGCACAUCCUCAAAUGUGUGUGUGGACAGCAGGGUUGGGCUGGUGUCUUCAGAGUCAUCCUCCUGCCCAAUUUGCGCCCAGGAAGUUGACGGUGUUAAUUGCGACUCUAACACUGAAUCGGACCGAGAGAAACAGGGGCCAGAUGUCAGCUCAGAACAGAGCAAAAGAAACCAGGAUGUGGGAGAAAAGGGGUCCGGGCAUGAGAAUUGUGUGUGUAUGUGUGUACAUUAUGCCAGAACCAUUUUGAGGCGGAUUGUGGACAGCAAGUACUUCAACAGAGGGAUAAUGAUAGCAAUCCUUAUUAAUACACUCAGCAUGGGAGUGGAGUACCAUGAGCAGCCGGAGGAGCUGACAGAUGUGUUGGAGAUCAGUAAUAUUGUCUUCACUAGUUUGUUUGCAUUAGAGAUGCUCCUGAAGAUUUUGGCCUGUGGUCUGUACGGCUACAUCAGCAAUCUUUACAACAUAUUUGAUGGGAUCAUCGUUAUAAUCAGUGUGUGUGAGAUCGUUGGACAGUCGGAUGGAGGGUUUUCAGUUCUGCGGACGUUUCGUUUGCUCAGGGUACUAAAGCUGGUGCGGUUCCUCCCAGCUCUGCGCAGGCAGCUGGUGGUACUGAUGAAGACCAUGGACAAUGUGGCCACAUUCUGCAUGCUGCUGAUGCUCUUCAUCUUCAUCUUUAGUAUAUUGGGAAUGCAUCUGUUUGGGUGUAAGUUUACUCUGCGUUUGGAGAAUGGAGAUACUGUGUCAGAUAGGAAGAACUUUGACUCACUCCUCUGGGCCAUCGUCACCGUGUUCCAGAUUUUGACCCAGGAGGACUGGAAUGUGGUUCUAUAUAACGGCAUGGCCUCCACCUCCCCCUGGGCGGCUCUGUACUUUGUGGCCUUGAUGACCUUUGGGAAUUACGUCCUCUUCAAUUUGCUAGUUGCAAUCUUAGUAGAGGGCUUUCAAGCUGAGGGUGAUGCUAGCAGAUCAGACACUGAUGACAUGUCGUCUGACUAUGAUGAUGAGGACAAACUGAGAGAACUACUGAAUUCAGGAUCAGAGAUGAAAAUGCAGACAUUAAUGCCAAUCUCCAAUGGACACCUGGAACCUAGAGCGUCCAUGCCACCUCACAAUACACACAUACAGCUUGAUGCCACACCCAGAACUGAGGUGUCACACAUCUACAGCCAAUCACGACGCAACAGCAACACCUCCACUGAUCCUCAUGACCAAAGAUCCCUGUCCAGCCUUUGGGGAAGUCGCCGCUCCAGCUGGAACAGUCUUGGACACGCCCCCAGUCUAAUGAGACGCGCUCAGUCGGGGGAGCGUGAGUCAUUGCUUUCAGGAGCGGGACAGGACAGCAUGGAUGACAGCCAAUCGGAAGAUGGGAAAUCCAGCAGGACUGGCAGUCUGGGCGGAGUUUCAUGUCUUGGGUCAUUUGAUUAUCCAGAGCUCCUCCAGGUUCCACGUCCAUAUUUGGAGUGUAACGGCAGAUUAGAUGGAGGGUAUCCAUCCUCUCCAAACAUUACACGUCCCAGUCCACCAUCCAUACAGGGGGCGGAUGAUGAUGAAUUUGUGGAGAGCUGGUGUAUGAUUGUGAAGAGACUGUUGGAGCCGUAUAAACCCCAGUGGUGUAGAGACCAUGAGGACUGGUCACUUUACUUAUUUUCCCCCCAAAAUAAGUUCCGUAUUCGCUGUCAGAAGGUCAUCACUCACAAGAUGUUUGAUCAUAUUGUGCUGUUCUUCAUCUUCUUUAACUGCAUCACGAUCGCUCUAGAGAGACCUGACAUCCAGGCUGACAGCAUGGAACGGAUUUUUCUCAAAGUGUCUAACUACAUCUUCACUGUCAUCUUUAUGGCUGAGAUGACUGUCAAGGUGGUUUCUCUUGGGCUAUAUGCUGGUCCAGCCUCAUACCUGAAGAGCAGCUGGAAUGUUCUGGAUGGCCUGCUGGUAUUUGUGUCUCUUGUGGACAUCCUGGUCUCUCUCGCCUCCUCUGGCGGAAACAGAAUCCUGGGGAUCUUACGUGUACUUCGACUGCUCAGAACACUAAGGCCCUUGAGGGUCAUAAGCAGGGCUCCUGGACUGAAGCUGGUCGUUGAAACCUUGAUUACAUCUCUCAGACCUAUUGGAAAUAUUGUGUUGAUCUGUUGUGCUUUCUUCAUUGUCUUUGGCAUUCUGGGAGUUCAGCUCUUUAAGGGGAAGUUUUAUCAUUGUGAAGGCUUUGAUACUAGAAACAUCACCAAUAAAUCUGAAUGUCUGCGGGCUAAAUACAAAUGGGUCCGUAGGAAGUACAACUUCGAUAACCUGGGUCAGGCACUGAUGUCACUAUUUGUCCUGUCAUCUAAAGACGGCUGGGUCAGCAUCAUGUACGAUGGCUUAGAUGCUGUGGCUGUGGACCAACAGCCCAUAAGGAAUCAUAAUCCCUGGAUGCUUCUGUACUUCAUCUCCUUCCUGCUGAUCGUCAGCUUCUUCGUGCUGAACAUGUUUGUUGGUGUGGUGGUCGAGAAUUUCCACAAGUGUAGACAAGACCAGGAGGAAGAGGAGGCCAGACAGAGAGAGGAGAAGAGACAUAAGCGCAUGGAAAAAAGACGCAGGAAGGCUCUGCAGAGACCGUACUAUGCAGACUACUCUCCAACACGCCUCUAUAUUCACACUCUCUGCACUAGCCAUUAUAUGGAUCUCUUCAUCACCAUCAUCAUCGCCAUUAAUGUGCUCACAAUGGCAAUGGAGCACUACAGACAACCCAAGUAUCUGGAUGAAGGUCUGAAGUACUGUAAUUAUUUCUUCACACUGGUCUUUGUGAUCGAGUCUGUGCUGAAAUUGGUUGCAUUAGGCUUUCGGAGAUUUUUCAAAGAGAGGUGGAAUCAGUUAGACUUGGCAAUUGUUCUUCUCUCCAUUAUGGGCAUCACACUUGAGGAAAUUGACCUGAAUGCCUCACUACCCAUCAACCCAACCAUCAUUCGCAUAAUGAGGGUGCUGCGCAUCGCCAGAGUGCUGAAGCUGUUGAAGAUGGCCACAGGAAUGAGAUCUCUUCUGGAUACAGUAGUUCAAGCUUUACCGCAGGUUGGUAAUCUGGGUCUGCUAUUUAUGCUGCUGUUCUUCAUCUACGCGGCACUGGGAGUUGAACUUUUUGGCAAACUUGAAUGUGCCGAGGAGAAUCCAUGUGAGGGAUUGAGCAGACAUGCUACAUUUCAGAAUUUCGGCAUGGCAUUCCUCACUCUGUUCCGCAUUUCCACUGGAGAUAACUGGAAUGGGAUAAUGAAGGAUACCCUGCGGGAAUGUAAAAAUGACAAAUGCCUGAGUUACCUGCCGCUUUUGUCACCUAUGUACUUUGUGACAUUCGUGCUGGUGGCACAGUUUGUGCUGGUGAAUGUUGUGGUCGCUGUGCUCAUGAAACAUUUAGAGGACAGUAACAAAGAUGCCCGUGAGGAGGCCGAGAUGGAGGCGGAGCUGAAGAAAGAGCUUCAUGGCAGUCGUAGACAAAGCACCGCCUCUGUGGGCGGAGCCACUGGGCUUGAGGUUUCAGCUGUUAAAAUGGAGACUUUCUCACAUGAACAGGGCCAGGACCCUAAUUAUGGCAACUUCCUGACAGUUAGCAGGCCGUCUAUAUCACGGAUGCUGUCCUUACCUAAUGACAGUUACAUGCUUUAUCCUGUUAAGCCUGUAUAUGGGUCCAUUCAGGACAGUUUCUCCAAACAGGACUCUACACUACCAGGCUCCUCUCUCUCACUCGGCACCCAGCCUUUUGAAGACAGUGCCGUAAUGCAGGUUCCAGGAACUGCAUCUCAGACAGACCUGGCAUCCAUUCCUGGUCCCCACCCUCUACAUCAAAGAGCAAGAUCUAGCAGUGCUUUCAGAGCCCUGCGGAGACAGCAAGCAAUAAAGAGUGACUCAGUUGAUUCCACAAACGCAGACUCCAGAGACACCUUACACAUCCCGAGCAAGCCCUGCUCCACUGAUAAUCUUCAUCUCAAAGUACCCAGCAUUCCCCUCACUGGUGGAUCUGCUCCCUGUUCGCCCCAGGCCUCCCCCCCUCCUCCCCUCCGCAACCGGACAGCGAGCGUACAGACAAACAGACACGUGUACAGUCAGCGCAGCAUCCCUGGUCAACAGCCCGAAUACAAGACACAAUCUAUAAAAGCUCUUGAAAUAACACGUGCACAAACCAAACCGCAUGAUUUGGAUGAGGUGAUCAAACUCAACAUGAACAUUACCCAAAGAAGAAACUCUCAGCAUGUGGCAAGUAGCCAUAAAAUGUCCCCUUAUGAACCGCCCUUCUGUUCUGAUGCCCAGUCUCAGGACUCAUUGCACAGUGGGGCAGCCCACCAACCAGAUAACAGCGCUCAAAGUCUACGGAAGUACAACAGUAUGGAAAAUAAUGUCUUCCUGUCUCAACUCCAUAUCUCUCGGCGUCACUCGACGCACGGGGAAGAAUUACUGCUUCAGCAGCAGCCAAUUUUACCAUCACCUGGACCUUCACCAAAGCCCAAGAAGGAGAAAAUGAGCCCGCCGUGCAUCUCUAUUGACCCUCCCACUGACGUGAAUCUUCAGGAGCGCAGCACAGUCCUAAGACGGCGGACACCGUCCUUCGAUUCCACACUACCACGGGAGUCCAUAGAACUUCCUGAUAUGCAGGAUGAACCUCUUUUGCAAAGUAAUUUGCCCCUCCCACAAUUUUCCUUUGACCAAUCGGAUGUAAGUUCGCUAAGCAGCCAGUCAGAACUGCUUUUAGAUAGUGACCAGUCGACACACUCCUUUCCUCCUGAGGCCCGUUCUGGGGUCGUGGGAAAUACAGCUCCGAGUCCUCUCAGGAGGAAGGUGUUGGUCAGAAUGGCCAGCACUAGGGAUCCAGGAAAUGAGGAUUCGGUUGCCUAGGCAACUGUGCAGGAAGCCACUUAUGCAUUCUUCCUCUUUGCGAAGGAUUUUAAUAACAGGAAAAGGUGGCGUCUGCAAAAGUAUGCAAAUGUGUUUCCGAUGGAACUGAUGCUUUUUUUUUUUUUUGCCUGAUCAUAUUGAUUAGGGAACUUUUAUUAGUGUUCAUCACACACGGUGAUAUUGUGACAUUUUAUCACAGAAACGUGUUGCGUUGUGUCAUAUGAUUACUGUACACGAUGGUGCAAGUUUAACCCUCAUAUUGUGUUUGGGGUCUGAAAGGUUGAUCAUUUAAUAUCCCAAAAAGUUAUUCUGUGAAGCCUGGCAAAAGAAUAAUAUAUAUAUUUUUUAACAGUUUAUUGAACCUUUAGAGCAAAAAAUAAUCAUCUAAAAGUUUGCAUAUGUGUCCUUUGUUGAGUAUCAUAUUUGAUACAUCAGGUUUUUAUGGCUCAUAUAGUAUAAUAUAGAUGAAUAUGGAGCUCACAUAUUAUUUUUAAAGCCAGAAUGUAACAUAAAAGUCUGAUAGCUUGUAAUAUAAAGUCGAUGAGAUCUUUAUAAAGACUACUUACAUAAAAUGUAUUAUCAGUUUUCACUUUAUACUGUAUCUAUGAUUUCAUAUUCAAUCUAAUUAAUGUAGAAACAGCUUAAAGGCAGCAUAUAUUUAAUAUUUGUCUAUUGGCAUCUUUUUGAUGGUUGUAAGUGAGUAUUCUUCGCUCUACUAAAAAUUUAAUUUGUUGUUCUUCUAAUAUUUAACCAUUGAUUAUAGCCAUUCAAAAUUACAGUAUAAUUGAGAGCUAUCAAUUUUAACAUUUAUUAGACUUUAAAAAGUAGUAACUUCUAACUGAAGUGAACUUAAAACAAUCUUCAUAUAAACCUAUAAUAAUAAAUAUCAUAUUUAGCUACAGGUACCUGUGCCCUUCAGCAAGUAGGAAAUAUACAUAAAUUGAAUAUAGUUAUCAAACUCUAAAUUAUACAUUAAAUAUAGAUGAAUCCUUUAAGCUACAAAAGUUAUUGAUUUGCUCCUUUUCUUUAAUUCUUUGAUUAAGAGACAUCACAGCGGUUUGGUUAUUAGGUUAUAUUGGCUGCUUUAAGCGCUGCUGCUGCUGCUGCUGAACAUGACGCGGAUCUGACAUGCAUCCUAUUUUAAAGUAGCCAAUAGCGUUUUGAUUAUGUCUGCUCGGGCCAGAGAUGAUGAGCACGGUAAACCUGCAUUUGACAGCCACAGUCUUUUACCCCCAGAUUCAAUAUAAAAAACUGCAAACUAGUGAUCUCAGCCGAGCCGGUGCCCUUAUAGUGCAGGAGGCGGGCGCUUCGGAUCCUAGAGAGCAUUUGAUUGGUCAGAAGAUUUGAUGAGAAAAUCAAAUAUGAUGUGACGACAAUAAAUUUGUUGAGCCGUUUUGGCAGAAGAGAUGAACUGCGAGCUUUGAAUGAUUAUAUAGUCGAAAUUCAAACUUUGUCACAGUUUUGUUGCAUACUGCUUUAUUGAUAACCUUAAGUCUAACAUAUUGAUACUAACACCCAAAAAACUUUAAUUUAGAUUUCAUAGGGACUUUAAAUCUGACUCAUGUAAAUGCAUGCAGUUUUAAGGCAGCUUUAAUCGCCUUUUUUGGUAACUUCAUGACGUAGGCUAACUGAUGACAUGCACGUAGUUCCUUUUGCACUUUAACAUGAUGUAAUAUAAAGCACGCGCCCAUUUGUGUGUGCAAUUGAAGAGCAAGUGCUACAAGCACAGUAUAACAGCUGACAGGACAGGAAAAAUUUUUUUACUGACAUGGCCAACAUAGUUUGCCCUGUGUUAAUUGCAUUAAAUAUUUUUAACUUGUUAAACUUAAAAAAAAGUAAUUAUUAUUAAUUCACGUGUUAAUGCAUUAAUUUUAACAGCACUAAUAUAAAUGCUUCAGUUUAGGAUCAAAGCUCUGUAGUUUUAUUGUAGGAUCAAAACAUAUAAAUGCAAUGCCAUACAAUGAAGAUUGAGAGAUGCAUGGUAUGAACAAAUGUUCCUCGAAAGCCUGAUGUAUAAUAUCUGAUACUCACAUCUUAACAUAAUUUUUCUAAAAAGAAUUAUGUAUUAAUAAUCAAGUAAACAGAUGCCUCAGUCCAGUAAAUGUUCAUUUCGAAAUAUUACUAAAAAUAUAACAAUUAUUCUUAAGUUUACUCUAUAAAAACAAGAUUUCACAGCAAAAAGACACAUGAACCAUGACCUGAAUGAGAAUAAACAAAGAAGAUUUUAAAAGAGAUAUUUUUUUUUAUUGUAAAAUCUAGCUUGAUUUUUUUCUAAAGAAAAAUAUAUAUUUUUCACCCCCAAACAUUAAAAAAACAUACUAGAUCAAAUUCAGCUGUCAAUGUGCAUGCCAGAUUUGUGUUAAAACAGAGGGCUAAAGCUUCCAUAAUUUCUGUUUUGACAAGGUCAGAGUAAAAGAAUAAAAUCAUUUGAAGGGAAAUGAGUUAAUUUUGUAAUAAGUUGUAAUUAUUAGCAAGUCAGUCUCAACAGAACUUGAGGGUUAAAUGGCAGCACUGUCUUCAAGCAAACCCUUAUCUCAUAUGAUUAAUUAACUUUAAAGUAAUACCUUAUUGUAAUGCCCUGUUAUCUUACAGAGUAUGUAUAUGACACAUAGAAAUAUUUUAGCUGAAACAUAUGCAUGUUUCAAAAUGCGGAUUGUGCAGCUAAAUGAAUUAGAUGAUUAUUGUAUAUCUGUGUGGCAUGUGAUUCUUUUGUAAAGGUUCAGAGUUUUACAUGUUACUGGCCUUCAGGAAGAGACAUAUUAAAGGAAUGUCCCGGGUUCAA